GACUACUAGCUAACGUCAAAAUGCUUACGGGGAAAGGGGUUGCUCCAUUUACCAAUCAACGUUGCCGCCACUUCCUCCAGUUAAUUCCUGCGUAUUUUAAUUCUGAGUUUGAGGAGUAUUUAUUGCGUCAAAAAGAGUCAGCAAGUAGCGAAAAUCUGAUUACAAAAACUGAAAAAAAAACAGGAUCUAUACAGCUUAAUAUAGAAUAAUUUUCCCGAAAUCACUCAUAAAUUUGCACAUUCUCUCCAAUUGCAAGGGACAAAACGAAAGCUCUGACAACACCGGUCCAAACUCACGCUUUUUUCCGGUUUUUUAGAGGUUAUGUUUAUGUGUUAGUAACAAUUUUGGGGCUGAUUUUAGUGCUUCUGCAUUACCAUGGCAAAUUUCUUAAAAAUCGCGUAUGAUUCUACCGAAGCUGCUGAUAUAACUAAAGAUAGUUAUGAGCAUCGGAACACGCCCUUUGCAAACAGUUCCGUUUACGAGGCCUUUGUGGAAGAAUCCGAACUCCUGACUGAAGGAGAUGAUGUUAAACCCACCUAUCGACUGAGAUUGGACGUUAAGGACUACGACUUCAAUUUCCUUCCUGGAGAUGUGAUUGGGAUUCUGCCUGAGAACAACUCAAGCGAAGUGCAGAAGCUACUGAACCAUCUGAACUUAACUAGCGUGUGCCAUUGGAAGUACCAUUUGAGCAUACAGGAAGGUUCUAAGAAAAAGAUUCCCAAACAUUUGCCGCCGUCCUCUACAUUGUAUGAAGUGUUUUUAAAGCAUAUUUGCCUUAGAUCUGCCCCAAAAAAGCUAUUUUUAAAGAACUUGAUCAAAUACACAGAUGAUGUCAAAGAGAAGGCUUUGCUAGAGCAGGUCUGCGCCCCAACUGGCUCAGCUGAGUAUAUCAAGCUUCUGGAAACAACCCGCUCUCUAUUAGCCCUGCUUGAAUCAUUUCCAUCUUGCCAGCCUCCAGUAGAAGUAAUUUUAGAGCACUCAUCACCGUUGAAUCCCAGAUGCUACUCCAUUGCGUCGUCUCCUUUAAGCAAUCAACUCUGGAUACUAUUUAAUGUUCUGGAAAUGUCCAAUAGCUUAAAAGGAGUCUGCACCAGCUGGCUGGAACAGAUCAUCAAGGCACAGGACUUCUCCAAACGAGUACCGAUCUAUUUCAGAAAACCUGGAAAGUUUCAUAUGGACAAUUCCGUAACUGCAAAGAUUCUGGUUGCUACUGGAAGCGGAUUGGCCCCAUUCAUGGGCUUUUUGGACCACAAGUCUUUAGGAGGAUCCGUCGCAGAUAUGUGGCUGUUUUACGGCUGUCGGUACAGUGAUAGGGAUUUUUUGUGCAAAAAAGACUUGUUGAACUACGCAGCCACUGGCACCCUAGGAAAGAAAUGUUGGGCUUUCUCAAGAGACGGCAAGAAAAAGGAAUACGUGCAGGAUAAAAUCGAGGAGAACAAGGAAGAGUUUGCAAAGUGGAUUUUCGAAAAGGAAGCGAUGGUUUUCGUGUGUGGUGAACUGAAAACAGUGGUGCGUGAUGUGAAGGAAGCGAUAGUGGAGUCUAUAAUGACCCAUAAGAAGUGCGAGAAGGCUACAGCGUGUCUUGUUCUAGAGGAGCUGGUGAAAUGUGAUAGAAUCAUUAUUGAUUCCUGGCUGUAAACUGCAGGUUUUUUAAAUAAUAUUCUAUAAAACAUUCUGUGAAUGUAUAAUAAAUUUUAUGUAUUUA